UUGCCUAUGCCAGAAAUGGACAGAACUUCACAUCAGUUGUUAUCAAAUUGCAAUCAUUUUAUUUUUCAGCUGGAUGAUCCUGUGUUUAAUCGUUACAAAGUCCCAUUAGAUAUUAACCUACCAAGCGAAAGAACCAGUACUUCAAAAUACGACAUAAGAAUAACUUCUAACUCAACAUUUGCUUUCCAAAUCAUCAGAAAAUCCACUGGAACUAUUCUUUGGGACACUGGAGUUGGGGGCCUGGUGUUGUCUGACCAGUUUCUACAGAUCAGUACCAAACUUCCAACAAAAAAGGUGUAUGGAUUUGGUGAAAACCUGCAUGAUCAGUUCCAACAUGAUUUCAACUUUACUACAUGGCCAAUGUUCGCCAGGGAUCAGGCACCAUCACACUGGAAUUAUGCUAACUUGUAUGGUGUACAUCCGUACUACACUUGCCUGGAAGAUGAUGGCAACUCACAUGGUGUCUUCCUUCUCAACAGCAAUGCUAUGGAAUAUAGUUUAAACCCACUUCCCAUGUUGACCUACAGAACUAUCGGCGGUAUUCUUGACUUCUUCAUGUUUCUUGGUCCUGAACCUGAAAAUGUUGUACAGCAGUAUACUGGAGUUAUUGGACGUCCAUACAUGGUACCAUAUUGGGCAUUAGGAUUCCAAAUUUGUCGCUAUGGUUACAAGAAUACAGAGGAGAUUAAAGCUGUUGUGAAUAGUACAAAAGCAUAUAACAUCCCUCAUGAUGUCCAGUAUGCUGAUAUUGAUCAUUUUAGAGCAAAUAUGGAUUUUACACUUGAUAAAACAAACUUUGGAGACCUGCCAGAGUAUUUCAACAGUCUGAGAGAAAAUGGCAUGAGAACUGUUAUUAUUUUGGACCCAGCAUUGGAUAGUAACCAGACAGGGUAUGAGCCCUAUGACAAUCUGACUGCCCUGAGGGGCUCUGUGAUGUGGCCUGAGGAUCUGAAAGUUUCUGAUGAAGACAAAGACUCAACAGGGGCCUUGCUGGGUUAUGUUUGGCCCAGUGGAAAGUCAGUUUUUCCUGACUUCUUCAAGAACGAGACCCAAGAUCUGUGGUACCGACUGAUUGUAAAACAUCGUAAUGUUGUCCCAUUUGAUGCUCUCUGGAUUGAUAUGAAUGAACCUGCUAAUUUUGGUACAAAUGAAGAGAAACCCUGGAACUGGCCUGACAAUGUAGAACCCUGGAGUUUACAUUGUCCAGUCAACAAUCAAUAUGAGGAUCCUCCCUACAGAACAAAGGCUGGUUAUGGGUUUGAUGAUGAGGGAAAAGGGUUUGAAGGUAGACUAAGUGACAAGACAAUCUGUAUGGUCAGUAGACAGGGUAACAAUGGUGAAUAUAGACACUAUGAUGUGCACAGUCUUUAUGGAUGGAGUGAAGCACCUUCUACAUUAAAGGGUGUGAGAGCUGCAACUGGAGAGAGAAGUUUUGUGUUGUCAAGAUCUACAUAUCCAGGAAGUGGGAAGUAUGCUGGACACUGGCUGGGAGAUAAUGAUGCUGAUUGGUCAGAUCUGAGGAAAUCUAUCAUAGGGAUGCUAGAAUUCAACCUGUUUGGCAUACCAUAUGUAGGUGCUGAUAUUUGUGGUUACUGGAACAAUGGAUCACCAGAGUUGUGUAAGAGGUGGUUACAGCUUGGAGCUUUCUAUCCAUUCAGUCGCAACCAUAACCAAAAAGAUGCCAAGGAUAACCAUCCAGCCAUACUGGACCUGAGGUACAGAGCAAGUAAAAAUAGCAUGGCCAUGGAAACAAGAUAUUGGUUGUUACCAUACCUGUACACACUGUUCCAUAAGGCACAUACAGUAGGACACACUGUAAUGAGACCUCUACAUCAUGAGUUUGCAGAUGAUGAGAUGACCUUUGACCUUGACAAGCAAUUUCUGUGGGGACCUGCAUUGAUGAUAUCUCCAAUAUUAUACCAGGGUCAGACAUCUAUCAGUAUAUAUGUUCCAAGAGGUCCAUGGUAUGAUUUCUAUACUGGAGAAGAGUUAGCUACCCAGAAUGACUAUGUUAUCCUACCUGUACAACCUGACUCCAAGAUUCCAUUGCAUGUUCGUGCUGGAUACAUUCUGCCAAUGCAAAAACCAGCUAAUAACACACAUUUCAGUCGAAAAAAUCCAUUUACAUUGCUUGUUGCCCUCAAGGAUUCAGAGAAUGGUGGUCGAGGAUAUACAGCCAAGGGUGAUCUCUUCUGGGAUGAUGGAGUCUCAGUCGAUACAUUUGCCAACAAGAACUACUUUUAUGCCAGAUUCAGCAGCGGUCAUGACACUUUAAGUUUGACAGUAGAACAUGACACCCCUAGUUCAACUAUAGAUAGUUUGAUUAUAGACACAGUUAAAGUGUUUGGUGUAAGGACUAAAGCCACUGUUGUAUAUAUAGGUGAUAUAAUGCAUACACAGCUACACUAUGACGAAACAACAAAGGUACUGGAGAUCACAAACCUGGCAUUACCCAUGAACCAGGACUUCCAGCUGGAAUGGAGGGAGUUUCGCAGACCAACUUCUGAUGAGAUGUUACGUGUGAAUUGUUUCCCAGAUAAGGACAAUCGGCAUAUAUCUGUAGCAGAAUGUAAUAAUAGAAGAUGUCUCUUUGAUCCUUCAACAGAUUUGCCAUAUUUUAUACCAAAGUGCCAUAUUGAUAGGACCAGGCAUGGCUACAAUCGAGCAUCCACAGGCACGGUGCCUGAUCCAAAUGAUCUAAAACUGAAUUUGAAAGCAAACAAAAAGCAUAGUAAGGAUACCUUGUUUGGUGGUGAUAAGGCAAAUUUACGAGUGCAUAUUGAAAAAAAUAGUAACAACAUCUUACACAUCAAGAUCACAGACUGGGAUGACGAAAACAGGUACGAGGCUCCGGUUGGAUUAAAUCUUCCACAUGAUGAGUACGACAGUCAGGCGCUGUAUGAUGUAGAAUAUUCUGAGGAGGCCAGUGAAUUCUUUAUUAAAGUAAAAAGAAAAGAUACCAACACUACAGUUUGGGACACAUCAGUUGGACCUAUUGUAUUUUCUGAACAGUACCUGCAGAUUUCCACCAAAAUUCCCUCAAAGAAUUUCUAUGGUCUCGGAGAACACAGACAUUUCCACUUAAAACAUGAUAUGGAUUAUAGAACUUGGCCAAUCUUUACCAGAGAUGCUGCAGUUAACUCUCCUGAUUAUACAAACCUGUAUGGUGCACAUCCAUUUUACAUGAAUCUAGAAGAUGAUAAAGGCAAUGCUCACGCUGUCCUCUUUCUUAACACCAAUGCUAUGGAGGUGUUGUUAGAACCUUUACCUAGAGUUACAUACAGAACUAUUGGAGGCAUCCUAGAUUUCUACAUCUUCCUGGGAAAGAGUCCAGAGAAUGUCAUUCAACAGUAUACAUCGGUGAUAGGCCAUCCUGUCAUGAUACCCUAUUGGUCCCUUGGAUUCCAGCUUUGUAGGUGGGGUUAUGACAGUAUAGAAAACAUGAAAGCUGCAGUGGACAGAACUAAAGCUGCUGGAAUACCUCAUGAUAUACAAUAUGCAGAUAUAGACCACAUGGUUGAAAGGAAAGAUUUCACAUAUGACAAAAUGACUUUUGCUGGUCUACCAGAAUAUAUUAAAGAACUCCAGGAUGGUGGAAUGCAUUUUAUAAUCAUUUUGGAUCCUGCCCUGAUAUCAAAUGAGACAGAUUACUGGCCAUAUGACACGGGCGUAACAGACGAUGUAUUUAUUAAGUGGCCAAACAAUACAGGACCAUUAGACUCUAGACCUGAACCAGACUCUGAUAUCAUGCUUGGAUAUGUGUGGCCUAAAGGUAAAGUUGCCUUCCCUGAUUUUCUGAACAACAGGACCCAUGACUGGUGGAGUAAAACAAUUACCAAGUUCCAUGAUACUUUAGCUUUUGAUGGUCUCUGGAUUGACAUGAAUGAACCAGCCAACUUCGACACGAAUGGUGAACGUCCAUGGAACUGGCCAGAAAAAGACAAACCUUACUGGACCCUUAAAUGUACACUUGACAAUAAUACACUAGACAUACCUCCUUACAAACCAAGAUCAGUUUUAGGAGAGUAUCUGUCAGAGAAGACAUUAUGUAUGGUUGGUCUGCAAGAUGAUGGUAAAUACAGGCACUAUGAUGUUCACAGUUUAUAUGGAUGGAGUGAAAUGGAACCAACCUUGAUGGGUUUACGAAAUGCCACAGGUGAGCGAGGUGUUGUCAUUUCAAGAUCAACAUACCCUUCAGGUGGAAAAUUUGGGGCACACUGGCUUGGAGACAAUGACAGCUUCUGGAGAAACCUGCAUGACUCCAUCAUAGGAAUUAUUGAGUUUAACCUGUUUGGAAUUCCUUAUACUGGUGCAGAUAUUUGUGGUUUCUUCUCGGAACCAUCAGUAGAGAUGUGUCAGCGAUGGAUGCAGCUCGGAGCAUUCUAUACAUUCAGUAGAAACCAUAAUGGUAAAGGUAUGAAGGAUCAGGAUCCAGCUUUGUUUGGGAAGCAUGUAGCGUACUCAUCUCGAUUGGCUCUACAGAUAAGAUACCUUCUGUUGCCAUAUGUGUAUACACAGUUUUAUAGAGUACACACUGAAGGAGGAACUGUAAUUAGGUCAAUGAUGCAUGAAUUUCCAAGAGACAGGAAGACAUGGGAAGUUGACACACAGUUUAUGUGGGCCAGUGCACUACUUAUUGCACCAGUUUUAGAACAAGGACAUAUACAGAAGGAUGUAUAUCUACCAGAUGCAAGAUGGUUCAAUUAUUUUAAUGGAGAGGAGAUGUCCAGAAAUACAACGGUCACUGUGGAUGCUCCCAGAGAUGUUAUUCCCCUGUUCCUGAGAGGGGGUUAUAUUCUGCCUACACAAGACCCAGCUAAUAACACCGUUUAUAGUCGAAAAAAUGACAUGCAUCUGCUGGUGGUACCAGAUGACAGCGGUUCUGCCAAGGGAGAUCUCUUCUGGGAUGAUGGAGUUGGGAUAGAUACAAUUGAGAAAGGAGACUAUUAUUAUUCAGAGUUCCAGUUUAUGAGUAACCAGCUCACAUACAAUGUGACAAAGCCUCAUUCUGUAGUGGGUGAUUUAAAGUUUGUACAUAUAUGGAUUUAUGGUGUACAGAAUAAACCAUCUACAUUAUCUGUGAGUGCAAAAAUGACAUACUACAGUGAUACCAAGUUGCUGUGGGUUACUGGUUUGAAUUAUCCUCUAGAUUCCAACUUCACAUUCUCAUGGAGCUGAUAGACAGGGAAAACCUUCAUCUUCAACAUUUUAUUGACAUUCAUCAAAUAGCAUUGGUCAAAAAUAUUUUUUAUGAGAAUAGCUGUAUAUCUAGAACAUCUGUAGUAUCUAUUUUUGUAAAUGGAUGACAGUUUUAAACGUUUGUGUAUAAGUAGAGGGAUAAUACACUUUUUCCAAGUCAUAACAUCUGCAGAGUCCAGAGGAAUGGGUUGGUGCAACAGUCUACCUGGAGGUCUUCUACAGAUGCUGUAACAGGAGACAGAAGUGAAUUAACUCUAUACCAGCAUUAAGUUUUGUUUAAAAGCUUUCAUUUCCAUUCAGACUUGUUUUACUUAUGCAUUACAGGGCUUAAAUAUAUUUUGCCAUGGAAUGAACAUGUAUAUGUACAAAAAGGAGUUCAAAAACAUUUUAUCUCCUUGGCAACACGCAUUUACUCUCCUAUUCAAACAUCCCUUGAAAAUGACAGUAAUGGCAGUUUUUUGCCAGAGUAAUGUUUAACAAUAAAGAUAACUUUAUUCAAAUGCUGUGGACUUUGAUAUGUAUAUGCAGUAUUAUAAACUUUGUUUGGUUGUACUUUGUAAGUUUUGUCAAGAAAAAUCUUUGUAUAGAUGUUUAGAGUUAGUUUUAAACACUUUUCCUAUUUAUGUAUGGUGCUUUUCCUGUUUAAACAGAUGUAUUUAGAAUUGAUAUUUCACAUAUGAAACUGAUCAGCUCCAGUCAGACUUAAACAUUUUUUUUUAUAGGCAAUGAAUGUUUAGUGUGCCCAGAAAUAACAUGAAAAAAGGUGAUUAUAUUAAGUUUUAUCAAAGAUUUGUUCAUAUAGUUUAUAAUUUGGCUAAUGGUACUUUGCGGACUAGGCACGACAAGGUAAAAUUUUUGAUAUUCAUAAAAAAAGUCAUGUCCUGGAGUCUUAAGGGGGUCAUACCAUUGAAAGUUAACACAAUUGAGGAGCUCACAGUUGUUAUCUCCAUUGCCUCAUGCACAUGCAUUGGCUAUAUCAAGGAAGCAUUUUAAUGUAAUUUUGUUAAAGAUUUAUUUAAAAGUAAUGAAAAAGUGUAUGGUUUAAUCAUAAUAACAACUUUCCUUUUGGACAGCUUUAUGUGUGAAAUUGAUUUGCCUUCUUGCCAUAUAUUCAGAUUUUGCAAUUUUGGCUCACCUGAACAAAAUGUUUAGGGUGAGCAAUAUUAUUGUAUAGAAGGAUGGUCCGGUGUCCAUCAUCUUGCAUAAACAGUUUCCUUAAACAUCUCAGCAGAAAACUUGGUUGGGAGAAUCAUUUACUGGACCUCUCUUAAGUUUGAAUGCCAUUAGGGGCCAGAGCUGAAAAUAUAUACCAAACUUGAUCAGCGGCAGUGCCAAGGGGUCACAGUCAGGUGAGCAACUUUGGGCUUUUAUAGCCCUCUUGUUUCCAGGUUAAAUGGCUGUGUUUUUUUUUUACUGUUUUAUGCUCUUCAUUGGAACAGUAUGGUUUAUUUGUACAUGGCUGUAUUUUUAAGCAGUCAGUGAUCAGUUAAAAAUCAUUCCUUCAAUAUUGUGAGACCAAGUAUUUUUUCAUUUUUUAUUCACUCGUGUUCAUUUGAGCUGAAUGUUUUUGCAAUCAUGAUUAUUUGCACAUAAAGUAAACCUCAGAUAAAAAAACUUGGAUACAGUGAAAACUUAAUAUAAAGAGAAAUAUUUUAUUCCCUGAAUUUUGCCUUUUUUGGAAACAACAAAUUCGGUUAUUGCAAAAACAUGGCUGAAGGGUUCAAAACAGAAUUUUCUUUAAACGAGGCUGUAUAGACAGGUAUUUCAUACAGUCCAUGUUACUGUAGAUAAAUAUUAUCUAAAACUAUUACAUGGAUGAAUUUGGCCCCAGGACCAGCUUGUUUAUAUUGUUCCAAGACUUGCUUUAUAUCUACUAACCAGUCAUUGAACAUUGAAGUGUUUCCAGUCACUCUUAACCGUUGCAACAAGUAUUUGUUUCAGUUUCAGUGAUCAAAAAAAUAUUCAGAAUAAGUACAUGCAGGUCAUGACAGGAUAAUUUGAAAGUUGUGCUAUGUUCAUUUCUCUGGCUGUACUGGUGAGAAGCUUUAUAAUAACUGUCAUAUCAAUUGUAUGUGCCAUAUUUUAUAUAGAAGCAAAAUCAUUUACAUUUUUGUAACAAAUAAGUAUUUUAUAUAACGUUUUUUAGUGAAAAUUC